AUGGCGUCCCAAAUGCUUCGUCCGCUGGCCUCGUCCGCGGCUCCAGCCUCAGCAUCAGAGCUGUGCGCUUCCUCCUUCUUCAUAAACAAGCAAUUGAAGGGUUACCGAGUUAAAGAUGCUCUCCUCUCGCGUCGCAAGCAAUGGCACAGCACCUUCAAAGCUUCAUCUCGACAGCGUGCUCUUGUCGCGGAAACCUCCAAGCCUCUCGCCCUGAUCCGCCAUGUUUCUGCAACCGCGCCAUCUCGCAAUUAUUCUACCGUAGUCCUUCCCAAGACAACUCCAUAUGACAACCUAAUCGUUGGUGUUCCUACAGAGAUUUUCCCUGGGGAACGCCGCGUAGCUCUGACACCCGCCAAUGUGGCCAUUCUCAAGAAGAAAGGCUUCAAGCAGGUCAUUGUUGAGCGUGGUGCUGGUGCCUCUGCUGAUUUUCUCGAUUCUGCCUAUGAAAAGGCUGGCGCAACUCUUGUCAACGGUCCCCGGGAAGUCUGGUCCAAUUCAGACAUUAUCCUAAAGGUCCGUGGCCCUGGCCUUGGAGAAGUUGAUUCCAUGAAAGAAGGCCAGACUAUUAUCUCGCUCCUCCAGCCUGCUCAGAACAAGGAACUUGUCGACAAAAUCGCUGCUAGAAAGGCCACCAGCUUCGCCAUGGACAUGAUCCCUCGUAUUUCUAGAGCCCAGGUCUUUGAUGCGCUCAGUAGUAUGGCCAACAUCGCCGGUUACAAAGCUGUUCUUGAAGCGUCCAACGUCUUUGGUAGAUUCCUCACUGGUCAGGUCACUGCUGCUGGCAAGAUUCCCCCUUGCAAAGUUCUGGUUAUCGGUGCUGGCGUUGCUGGUUUGAGUGCUAUUGCUACUGCUCGUCGUAUGGGAGCUAUUGUUCGUGGUUUUGAUACCCGACCAGCUGCUCGCGAACAGGUUCAGUCUCUUGGAGCCGAAUUCAUCGAGGUCGAAAUCGAGGAAGAUGGAUCUGGUGCUGGUGGCUACGCUAAGGAAAUGAGCAAGGAAUUUAUCGAAGCUGAAAUGAAGCUUUUCAAAGACCAAGCCAAAGAAGUUGACAUCAUCAUCACCACUGCAUUGAUCCCUGGAAGACCUGCCCCAAAACUGCUCAAGAACGAUAUUCUCGAUGUCAUGAAACCUGGAAGUGUCAUUGUUGACCUGGCUGCCGAAGCUGGAGGCAACUGUGAAGCUACCAAGAAGGGCGAAUUGGCCAUUUACAACGAUGUCAAGAUUAUUGGAUACACUGACCUGCCGUCCCGUCUGCCCACCCAGUCCUCGACACUCUACUCUAACAACAUCACCAAGUUCUUGCUUUCCAUGACCCCUGAGAAGAAUGCUUUUGGCAUCGAUCUCUCAGAUGAGGUUGUUCGAGGUGCUAUUGUGACUCAAAAUGGAGAUAUCCUGCCACCUGCUCCUCGAGCGGCACCUCCUCCACCACCUGUAAAGACUGAACCCGCCGCCGCAACUCCUGAGCCCAUAGCCUUGACUCCUUGGCAGAAAAAGACUCGUGAAGUUGCUGGUGUCACCGCUGGUAUGGGAAGUGUCUUGGCUCUUGGAAAAUGGACUAGCCCUCUUCUCAUGUCUAAUGCCUUUACCUUUGCUCUUGCUGGUCUUGUUGGAUAUCGUGCUGUCUGGGGUGUUGCUCCUGCGCUUCACUCGCCGCUGAUGAGUGUCACGAAUGCCAUUUCUGGUAUGGUUGGUAUCGGAGGUCUGUUCAUUCUUGGUGGUGGAUUCCUACCUGCAACCAUUCCUCAAGCGUUUGGUGCCAUGAGUGUUCUUCUGGCCUUUGUCAAUGUCGGUGGCGGCUUUGUCAUUACCAAACGCAUGCUGGAUAUGUUCAAGCGACCUACUGACCCCCCGGAGUACCCCUGGCUCUAUGCUGUUCCUGCAGUACUCUGCGGUGGUGGUUUCUUGGCUGCUGCCUCUACUGGUGCUGCUGGUCUUGUUCAAGCCGGUUAUCUUGUUAGCUCUGUCCUCUGUAUUGGUUCCAUCUCGAGUCUUGCUUCCCAGGCUACUGCUCGUAUGGGCAACGCUCUUGGUAUUCUUGGUGUCGGUACAGGUGUUUUGGCCAGCUUGCUCGCUGCUGGCUUCACACCCGAGGUUCUCACCCAGUUCGGUGGUCUCGCUGCUCUUGGCACCAUCGCUGGUAUGCUCAUUGGCAAGCGAAUCACUCCCACUGAUCUCCCCCAGACCGUUGCGGCUCUUCACUCUGUUGUUGGUCUCGCAGCUGUCCUGACCAGUAUCGGUAGUGUCAUGGGAGAUGUUAUGGAUCCUUCGACUCUACACAUGGUAACAGCCUAUCUCGGCGUUUUCAUCGGUGGCAUCACGUUCACUGGUUCCAUCGUCGCAUUCCUCAAGCUUGGCGGCAGAAUGUCUUCCAAGCCCAAGAUGCUCCCUGGACGUCACAUUAUUAACUCGGGAUUGCUUGCAACCAAUGCAGCCACCAUGGGUGCCUUCAUUACAAUGGCACCUGGAAGUCCUUUGAUUGCCGCUGGUUGUCUUGCUGGAAGCACCGCGCUGAGUUUCAUCAAGGGUUAUACCACUACCUCUGCGAUUGGCGGUGCUGAUAUGCCCGUUGUAAUCACUGUUUUGAACGCCUACAGUGGAUUUGCCCUGGUUGCUGAAGGCUUCAUGUUGGAUAACCCUCUUCUUACCACCGUUGGAGCGUUGAUCGGUGUAUCUGGUUCCAUUCUCUCGUACAUCAUGUGCGUGGCCAUGAACAGAUCACUUACCAAUGUUCUCUUUGGAGGCUUGGGAACGCCAACCGCAGUUCAGGAGUUUAAACCCCAAGGAGAAGUUACCCAGACAUCGGUUGACGAUCUUGCCGAUGCACUCCUCAACUCAGAGAAGGUCAUUCUCAUUGUCGGCUAUGGCAUGGCUGUUGCCAAGGCGCAGUAUGCCAUCUCGAGCAUCGUCUCAACUCUACGAGCCAAGGGCAUUACCGUCCGCUUCGCCAUCCAUCCCGUUGCUGGUCGUAUGCCUGGUCAGUGCAACGUACUUCUCGCCGAGGCCAGCGUGCCUUACGACAUCGUUCUGGAAAUGGACGAGAUCAACGAUGACUUCUCCGAGACUGAUCUUGCUGUUGUUAUUGGUGCUAACGAUACUGUCAACCCGAUUGCUAUGGAAAAGGGCAGUUCUAUCGAGGGUAUGCCCGUGCUGCACGCCUGGAAGGCCAAACAGGUUGUAGUGAUGAAGAGGGGUAUGGCCAGUGGUUAUGCUGAUGUUCCAAACCCGAUGUUUUACAUGUCCAACGCCAAGAUGUUGUUUGGAGAUGCUAGGGUAACAUGUGAAGCCAUCAAAUCUGCAAUUGAGGCCAAAUCAUCGUAG